UUAGAAAGACAAUACGAUGAUAAAAUAAGAAAAAAAAUUAUGAUUUUUCAUUUUUUGAAUCCAAAAACAUACUGAUUGGUCACUUUCCUCUUGAAUUCAACCAAUGCAUACAAUUGCAGACUUCUCUCCCCGUAAAGAAAAUAUAUUUACUUGCACAAAGAUUCGCAAAUCACUGGAAAGAAGAGGAGACAAUGAUGUCCAGCCCCAACUCAAUUGAAUUGUUAAAGCAGGAGCUUCCGGUUGAACAAGGUUCUUUGCUUCUCAAUGCCGAUGUUAAGGCUGGUCUUGUUCUCGUCGACAUCGUUAAUGGCUUCUGUACCGUCGGUGCUGGCAAUUUGGCCCCAAAACAGCCUGACAAGCAAAUUUCUACAAUGGUAGAAGAGUCUGUGAAGCUUGCUAGAGCUUUCUGUGACAAGAAAUGGCCUGUUUUUGCUUUUAUUGAUUCCCAUCAUCCUGACAUACCAGAACACCCUUACCCUCCUCAUUGUAUUGCUGGAACAGAUGAGGCAAGGCUUGUUCCAGAAUUGCAGUGGUUGGAAAAUGAAAGUAAUGUCACACUUAGGUGUAAGGAUUGUAUUGAUGGGUUUUUAGGUUCUAUUGAAAAAGAUGGGUCAAAUCUGUUUGUGGAAUGGAUCAAAACUAAUCAGAUCAAAUUUAUACUUGUGGUAGGAAUCUGCACGGAUAUAUGCGUUCUGGAUUUUGUUUGUUCAACACUAUCUGCUAGGAAUCGCGGUUUUCUUUCUCCUCUAGAGGAUGUGUUUGUGUAUUCUCAAGCUUGUGCAACAUUUGACCUUCCAGUUCAUGUUGCCAGAACUAUCAAGGAUGUUACAGCACAUCCGCAGGAGCUGAUGCAUCACAUAGGUCUUUACAUGGCCAAGGGGAGGGGAGCCAAGGUUGUCUCAGAGGUUUCUUUUAGUGCACUGCAAUAAUUAUGAUCUUCAUUUAUCCAAAAAUGCUGGCAGGGAAGCUUUCUAAUACAUGGAGAAAUGUUAUAAUAUAUGUGUAUAUACGUGGAGAGAGUAAAUUUUACUUAGCAAGGCCAGGUUAGGGUCAGAGGUGGGAAUUUGUGGUAAAUAACUAGUUUGCUGAUAUAAGGUACUGUCAAAUUCUGUUCACAAUUUGUGAUGGAAAAUUGUGUUUCAAGCUAUUCUUAUUCUUAUUAUUUGUUUAUUUGUUUUGUGAA